AUGGCACCACCAAAGAACAAGUCCCGAAAGGGCAAGGGCGGGAUGAAACCCGGCGCGAUCUUGGGGUUCCUUCGUCCGAUGGCUGCAACUGCGCCUGCCCCCUCCGCCUCCCCCACUCCCGCUUCCUCCGUCUCCGCCGGGCCAUCCUCCGUCUCCGCCGGGCCAUCCUCCGUCUCCACCGGUCCAUCAUCCGGUUCCUCCGAGCCCAACCCCGCUGGACUCAAGGUUUCAGGAAGACCAACAAUAAUCGUCCCUGUCCCCGAAGUCGGCGGCUCAUCCUCAAAGGAGGGCAAAAGACCUCGAGUUGCGUCUCUCUCGCCCGACCGCUUGUCUGCUUUCGACAGACUCGAGAAGAGACAGCGCGUCGAGGAUGAAAGCGAGUACGAGGACGACGGCAGCGACAGUGACUCCGAAGAUGGCGACUGGCCCGAUUCUGCUGACCUUGCUGAGCUCGACGAGAUCGAAGAACUCGAUGAGCUCUUCAGUCAAGAUGAAGACGUCGACCUCAAGGACCUGCUAGCCGACGACGAGCCAGACACUGUCGUCGAAACAGACGGCCUCAUCCGCGUGGGACCUCAACCUCUGCAGCUUCAGCAGUUCAUUCGUUCGGCGCCUCGUGGCAAGGCCAGGCACAAGCUCAGAGAACGACUGAUGGGAGUCCACCACCUGACCGACCGUCAUAUGCCCGGCUCGAACUCGAACAUGCUGGAGCGAGAGCGCAACGCCAUGCUGGAGAGCCUCAUGAUCUCCCGCCUCUGCGACUAUUCCGGGUAUCAGCUGUCUUGGACAGUCGGUCCUCACACCCCGUCAGUUGAGGCUGUCUACCCCUUCGUCGCCUCGGGAGGCCGCAUCGACUACCACGCCCGGCCCAACGUUCAUCUCGUCAAGGCGGCCAUCAACUUCACCAAGCGAAACCAUGCUCCGAUCGUGCUGCCUCUUGCCGCUGUCUGGAUGAACGUUCACGAUGAGCCGAACUUCGAGGAGCGCCAAGCCCAGUGGUCAUGGGUCUACAACUCGGUCGCGAAUGCCGCCACCCUCGACAAGAUAUUCGGCUUGACGUUCAAGCACGUGGACCAGUCGAAGAUAUGGUCAAAGUGGAGCCCCGCUAAGCUACGAAGUGUAUUGGAGGCACUGCGCACUGGCACCAAGACUGCCGAGGUUACCCAGGCGCUAUCUCGAUACUCAUCGGAUGCCCUCUUCACUCCCAGGUGGAAAAAGGGCAAGCAAAGUCUUGACCGGCGUCAGGGCUAUAUUCAGCAAGGUCAACGCCUGUACCCCCUAAUGUUGCAGGUCGCUCAGAAGUAUGACUUAACGCCACCUGAGUUUGAGUACUACCUAACCAUUAAGGCGCCCAAUAGGCGGGAAAGGGUCUUCUAUCCCUACCAUGUGCUCUCGAGAAGUCAAGCUGAGGCAUACGGCUGGGAUUGGGGGACUAUCAUCGAGCUUUGCAUCUCUAUGGUCAACGAAAUGAAGAAGAGAUGUAACCACCACGCCGAGGACGCUGGGUAUGGCGAGGAUAUCAACGGGAACAUUUGUAUGUUCUGGAUGGUCAACUACUUCUGCAGCAAGGUCCAGGCCCUCAAGAACCAACAGCCCAGCGCUAGUGAGGAAGAGAUCCGCUUCCAUAUUCUCGACCGAUGGAACCUACCUCUCGUUCCCUGGAAGAGGCAUGCGUUCAAGGCCUCACUAUGCAAGGGACUUGACCAUGGUAUUGCAAUGAAGCUCGGGCAUACCACAGCGAGCGGAGAGGCCUUCGAUCCCGUUAACGAUAUCGACCUCACCAAGUCUACUGUCGAGCUUGACACCUGGUUUACCAAUUGUGGCAUGCGUAACUAUGCAACUACCGACUGGGAGUCUAUCCGCAAGACUCUUGCCGCUAUCCCGUUGCAUCAUAGCUUCUGGCGAGUUGAUCUGGCUCUCGGCGAGACGGUUUGGAAGGGGCAAUAG